GCCAGGAAACAAGUCAGACAGGUAGGACAAAAUGAAGCAAGACAAGGCAAGUCAGAGCGAGAGAGCACGAGAGAAGACUUACGGACGUCUCGCGGAUCUCAUAUUUUGCACAGAUUUCUACUUUUCACAGCAUGGACGUGCCAAACACAAGGAGGAUCGUCCUACUGGGGAAAACUGGAGUUGGAAAGAGCAGCCUUGCUAACGUCAUAUUUGGAGAGGCCAAAUUCAAAAUAAACCAUUCGAAUGACUUGAAAACGCAUUGUUCUCGAGCCGAAACCAAAUGUGUCAAUGGAAGAAGCAUCACUUUGAUCGACACUCCUGGUUUCUUUGACCCAGGCAGGCCUGAGGAGAAGCUGAAGCCUGAGAUAGAGAGGUGUAUCACAGAGUGCGCUCCUGGGCCUCAUGCUUUUCUCAUUGUGCUUAAAGUGGAGAAAUUCACAGAGCACGAGAAGGCUGUCAUCACACAAAUGUGUGAUUAUUUCUCCGAAGAUGCUCUAAAAUAUGCUGUGAUCGUCUUCACCCAUGGUGACCAGCUCCUGGAAGGAUUGAAAAUGGAGGAGUUCGUCGAGCAAAGUAAGGGUCUGAGUGAUCUGGUGAAGAAGUGCGGAGGCCGGUGCCACGUCGUUGAUAAUAAAUACUGGAAGAACAACGCAGAGGACGACUACAGAAAUAACCAGGUCCAGGUGGCAGAGCUACUCAACACCAUAGACAAGAUAGUGAUAGAAAACAAUGGAGGAUUCUACGCUAAUGAAAAGCUACGAGAGGUGGAGAGAGAAAUACAGAAAGAAGAAGAGCGCAUCAGACACUCAUCAGGAAACAUGUCACAGGAAGAGAUCAGGAAGGAGGCUGUAAGCAACGUCUUUAAGAGGCAGGUGGACAAUGCAGAACGAACAUGGAUCACAGGUUUAGUGGGUUUCGCAGUCAUAGCUGGAUUAUUUGCAGUUGUCUCAGCCAUCAAUUCAAAAUGUGUGAAGAAAUUUGUGUUGAAUUUGUUAAAGGGAGAUUUCAUGGAGAAAUAACAGCACCAGCCCUGGCAGAAGUAGCGGAAGAACAAGCUGGGACAGUUUUAGACGUGUCUCCGCCAGCCAGUACAAUAGGAGUGGUAGUUGAGGUAAUAAUCACACCAUUGAAGGCAAUACAAAAGACACUUGAAGUUGUCUUGAACAAACUUAAUGCUUUGUAUGAAAGACAAACAAUCCUUGGAAUCCAUUGAAUGAACACUGAAGUAGAAUUAAACUAGAAUUAUCGCCUCGUGGCUGUACGCCUCCGCUAACAAGUCAGGCUGCAGUUUACAUCCAAGUCUGUCCAAAAUGUCAUCACUUCAUCAUUUUAUCCUGUUAGAUAUUUGUGUGAAUUUGUCAUAAUUAGCAUAAGAAUUCUUGAGUUAUGGUCAAAAAUGUGUUUGGUGAGGUAACAGUGACCCUUGACCUUCGACCACCAAAUUCAAAUCUGUUCAUCCUUGAUUCCAAGUGGACAUUUUCGCCAAAUUUGAAGAAAUUCCCUCUAGAUGUUCCUUCUGUUCACAAGAAUGGGACGGACGUUUGACCGCUAAACUUUACUGCUUUGCUUUGUAUAAUUGCGCUCAUGCGACAGUGGUGUAGUUUGUUUAUAGCCUAACGUUAGCUUUUUACUUCUGGCGAUUCCAUUCACACUUCAAAAAUCAUAAAAGUGGUGUUAAUUUGUGGAGAUUAUCUUGCUGAACAAAACGUGU